AUGGUAAAAACUGGCGCAACGCAACUGAACUACGAAGUAUUUAAAAUGUACUCUUCGUGUAAUUUUCGCGUCCAGUUAGACUCGUGCCAAUCCGACCCGUGUUACAACGGCGGCCAAUGCAUUCGCUUGGGCGACAAGGAUAUCUGUGCCUGUGGGCCCAACUUCACUGGGACGCUCUGUGAAUCAGAUUUGAGAACGGCGUGCUUCCCGAACCCGUGUCUGAACAGUAACCCGUGUGUGCUAGCCAGCAACGGCAGCUUCUCGUGCAACUGUACGGACCGCUUUGAGGGCUCAUUAUGUAAUAAAGCUGUCCUGCCGUGUCAGAAACGACCGUGUGUUCGAGGCAAUUGUCGAAAUGGAAGAACUACAUACUUCUGUCUUUGUCCACCACGCUACAAAGGAAGGAGAUGUGAAGUUCUGAACCCCUGCUUUACACAUCCAUGCAGAAAUGGAGCAAAAUGUUCUGGUUCUGGGUCGAUCUUCAAAUGUGUGUGUAAAAACGGAUACACAGGCAAAACCUGUCAACUGGACGUGAAUGAGUGCGAGAGUGCACCGUGUAAGAAUAGCGGAACUUGCUCCAACAAAAGAGGCAGAUACACGUGCAAAUGUCGUGGAGGGUUCUCCGGCAAAAACUGUGAGAAAGACAACAAUCCGUGUAAGAAGAAGCGCUGCCGAUCUCCUGGCACUAAGAUUUGUACACCGCAUGGCUGGCGUUUCACGUGCAAGUGUUUCAAGGGAACCUGGGGCAGAAGGUGUUGGCACUUGAUCAGAGAAAUCGGGAUAACUACGAAGAGCAAUGCCCCGUUGGCGCCGCUGUAUGACUACGGCUACAAGCUGGACGGCUUCCCCAGCACCAUCUUCUUCAGCGUGCAGGCCUGCAAGAACGCCAUCGUGUCCCUCGGCAUCGACAACAGCUUCCAGUACGGUGUCUACAGCAUCAUUCUCGGCACCAAGGACAACACGGUGGCAGCCAUCACAAAAAUAUCUCCCGCAACUUUAUUGAAACCGAAGACGUGUUCUGACGUAGUAGCUUUCAAGCUGGGAUCCACCGAUGGGGAGUACUGGCUGUACCCGGAUGGUGUUCGCGGGCAGAAGGUGCAGAUCUACUGUCACAACAUGGCAUCGCAGCCCGUUGAGUAUGUGACGCUGAGGAACAUGAACGACGGGGAAUACCCCAACCUGGAGAAUCCGGACUGCGCGGGCGAACACAGGCUGAGUGACACGGCGGAGUGGGGGAGCAGCAACUUCACAAAGAUACGAGUCAAAGUCGCUACGAUGGAAGUGGUUCGUGACGACUACACGUUUGUCAAUGUAUCUAACACCCCGGUGCCGUACGGUGAAGCUGGAGACUGCUACACGGCGCACAUCGAAGGGGGGGUGGCAAAGUGUGGAGUGAAAGGUUUCUUCAAGAUGGAUCUGGCUGGCACUGGACUCAUUGUAGACAAAAGUCUGAAUUGGUCGGAAGUGGGGGACGAUGCACACUUCGAAGUGGACCGGUCAGUAGAUGGAACGGUCAUCAACCUCCGGUGUGGUGGACUCUGUGGUCGGUGCGUGCCAAACGGACAGAUGUUUCUCCAGAUAAACCCAUUGGAAGAAUUCUCCGAUGCCAUCACGUUGAAUGAGGUGAAUUUGCCAACACUCUUCUGUAACCAUGUCAACCUGUUCUGGGUGUCGUGGGCGGAUGGUAGCUCCAUUUCGUUGGGGCUUGGCAACGUGGUUGACGAGGAAACCAUUGUCACGGCGACGGACAGUGAACUUAUGGACAUCAAGAAUGUCGCGGUUCACACUGAGGGAACAACCGGAUACUGGACAUUCAAUGCGUGCCACUGCUUCGCGGGCAGGUGUACAGUAAGACGUGGGAAGUACGUGUGUCGCUGUCCAUACGGAUAUUCAGGAAAAUACUGUGAACACGCUCCACGACUAAUGGUGAGGAUAACUCCCGAAGGAGACCUUGUUGAAGUCGAAGAAGAGGAGCAACUAAUAGUCAAGAAUGCGUCAGAGGUGGCCAGUGCAAGACUGGAAGCAAAUCAGGCCAAACUGGAUGCAAGACCGAAACUCGACCUGAACGCGGCUAUAGCGAAGAAUGCUGUGCUGAUCCCUGCCCUGAAUCUGGCCAAACCAGUCAGCUUCGGCCCGGACAGCACCAAAGACAUAGACAUUGAUGCAGUGCUGGGUAUAGCACCUGGACGAAAGAAGCGUUCCAUCCACAAGCGCCAAGCGUCGGGACAGAAGAGAGUGAUCGAGGUGUUGCUGGUGGUCGACUACGCAAUCUGUCAGUAUUGGUUACAGUGGAUGAGUGGCGAUGAAGCGGCCGCCAUGCAGGAGAUCAAAGACUAUUACUCCAGUAUGCUGUGCACAAUUGGACAAAGACUAGUCUCUCUGACAGGCAUGGAUGUGGAAGUGUGGUUGGCCAAGCUGAUUAUUGCCAACACAACAGCAGCCUCCUCUUGGACAACGGCGACAGUAGUUAACGGAUCAGUCGACACCCAGAUGGUGCUGAUGGCAUUCACGCGGUGGAUUUACGACAACAUGGCCUACUUGCCUAAACACGACCACGCCAUGCUCAUUAGUGGGUAUGACUUUUCUUUGGAUGGAAAUACAAAUUCUGCAGGCAGAGCUUGGGAUUGCCGUAUGUGUCAGAUCCACUCGGUGUCUGUGGUAGAAGAAACGCACAGUCAGAUUAUGGCCAUCAUAGCAGCACAUGAACUGGGACACAGUAUGUGUUCUGAACACGAUGGGGAGGGAAACAGUUGUGCUGCUGACGACCACUAUGCCAUGACCGACACUGUGAGAAUCCCUCCGCGGAACAAGAUGUCGAACCCAUGGAAAUACUCAGCGUGUACCGUGAAGGCCAUACAGACGUAUCUUAGCGGGGAACACGGGAGCUGCACACUGCAGAAUAACGAAGCGGACUCGGGUCUGGGUGCGUACUUUGAGCUGCAGCUCGGAGCCAAAUACUCCCACGACAUCCAGUGUGAGAUGGCCAUGGGAAACAACUCCUGUUUCUGUAGGAUGUUGUAUUACAACAACCCUAAUGGGGGCUUUACCAACCUGUGUCACAACAUGCUGUGUACCCAGACUGGAUCAGACUUCUGUUUCCCCAUCCUUGCCCAGGACGGAACACCGUGCGGCAAGUUCAAGUGGUGCCAGCAAGGACAGUGUGUGCAAAACAUGACGUUUGGCCCGGAUGUGUAUGACAACUGCCCUGCGGGCGACGACCCGAGCACGGACUGCACGGGCCUGGGUGUGUGCAGCAUGUUCAUCUUCAGAGACAUCCUGUGUUGUAAGACAUGUCUCGACAGGGUGGCAGGGGUAGCGGCUGAGGCUCUCCGCAAUAAGCCGACGUCGACGCCCGAGGUCCUGCCGACAGACCCCCCGGUGAAAACGUUCCCAGACGUGCUGUGUCCGGCUGCCUCCACGUGGCUGUACAAGGGAAACGACUGGAUGCUCAAGUGGAGUUGUCCGCAGAGACUCAUGAGGCGAGGCUCUCACGGAGGAUGAUGUAGCAGUCUCGCAGAAAAUAAAUACCAGACAUUACAGUCCCACAGAAAAUAAAUAAAACACAUUACAGUCCAGUAUAAAUUAAAUAUUAGACAUUACAGUCCCACAGAAAAUAAAUAUCACACAUUACAGUCCCAUAAAAAUUUAAUAUUAGACAUUACAGUCCCGCAGAAAAUAAAUAUCACACAUUACAGUCUCGUAAAAAAUUAAAUAUUAGACACUACAGUCCUGAAGAAAACAAAUAACAGAUAUUACAAUCCUACUGAAAAUAAAUACAAUUCAAUACAAUACAGUGCAAAAUGAUUUAUUUGAUGUAUACAUCACUCCCCCCUGAAUUCCGCAGCAAACAUUUUAAAAUUCCGUGGUAAAAUUUGACAUAUUCUGCGGUAAAAUUUGAUAAAUUCUGCAACAUAUAAAACUGAAAAAUAACACUUAAAAUUAAAACUAGAUGUUCAAAAUGUUACAGAUUUAUUUAAAAAUCGCGAAAAAGCAGACGAUUUAUGUUUUAAGCAGACAGGUGCUUCCGGAAGAUUGAAUCAUUAAAACUUGAAAUGGAAACGAUAUGGAAAAAAAACCCUCCUGUUUUUACGCUUACGGAUUCUUUGUUAAAUGUGAUUUGUGAUUAAUAAAUACUUAAAUAUUGUUGCUUAACAUCACGAUUCCAACAAUCGAUACUUAUAUGUUAAUAUAAUUAUUUUAUAUUAAAUAGAAUGGAAUUGCUGAAUCCUAUUUCGUAUUUGUGGAAUCUGUCAAAAUGUAAUUACAACCCGUCUUCGUCGGUUUCCGUAACCUACGCACCGAGCAACGAUCGGAACAUCUCGCCACAAUCCAUUGCGCUCUAUCUUGCCAGAAUUUCCAUUCAAUGACAGAAAUUAAAGGCUGGUUCCAAACGCAGGUUACGCAGACUAGUAACUGUGAGACGGUUACUAGUCCAGCCUGUAAUAACUUAAAAUAAAAGAAACAAAUGAUUUAUGUUUUUAUUUAUUACUGCAUGGAAAGUAAACACUAUUAAAAUUCCAUAUUUAAUGUUACAAUUCAGAAACAUCGAACAUUUUGCGGUGUUUAAGACAAAUUCCACAGCCUAAAAUUAUGAAUUCUGCACGUGUUCUGCACGAAAAGUGAUUUUCGCGGACGAACAACUAUUCUGCACGAUGGUGCAAAUUCUGCAAAUCUUUCCGCGUCCGCGGAAUUCAGUAGGGACUGAUACGUGUACAUAUAUAUAUAUAUCUAUAUAUAUAUAUGUAUAAAUAUAAACACAGUCUGGUGAUCUAGAAAUAGUAAUACCAGACAUUAUAGUCCACAGAAAUCAAAUACCAGACAUUAUAGUCCACAGAAAUCAAAUACCAGACAUUAUAGUCCCACAGAAAUCAAAUACCAGACAUUAUAGUCCCACAGAAAUCAAAUACCAGACAUUAUACAUGUAGUUCUACAGAAUAAAUACUAGACUUUACAGACCCGAAAAAAAAAAAACCCUCCAGACAUUGAACAAUUUUGAAAUAAAUGUUCUUAAUUAUAUUAGUUAAUAAUGUGUGGGAUACUGUGAAAAUAUUGGUGGAACUAUUAGAUUUAUAAAUGUGCAGAACAUUCUCAAACUUUCAAUAAUAUGGAAUUUAACUGUCGUGGUGAAAUGAGAUUUAAUUAACAAUUGUUCAUAAUAACAUUACUUUUAAUGUGCAGGAUAUUGAAAAUAACAUGGGAUUUGAACGUAUACUGACACUAAACAAAAUUAAAAACGGGAUUUCAUCAUGUGUGGGACAUUAAUAAUCUGUCGUAAUAAUAAAUGAUUUAAUUGUGACAAAGUUUCAUAAUAAUAUGCGAUUUUAAAAGUGUGUGUGGUACUGACAAACUCGUAAUAAUAUGGCAUUUAAGUGUGUUGGGCUGACAAACUUUUGUAAUAAUUUGGGAUUUUAAAUGUGUGGGAUAUUGACAUACUGGGAUUGACAAACUUUUAUAAUAACAUGGUAUUUAAAGGUAUAGAAUUGGCAAACUUUCAUAAUAAUUUGGGAUAUAAAUGUGUGUGGGAUAUUGAUAUGGGAUAUAAAUGUGUGUGGGAUAUUGAUAUGGGAUUUAAAUGUGGAACAGUGGCAGGGCCGUAGCUAGGAUUUUAUUUUGUUGUUUUUUGUUUUGUUUUUGGGGGGGGGGGGGGGGGGGGGGGGGGGCAACUAAGUAGUUAAUAGUGUAAAACUCCUUAAAUGGUUAAGAUAAUUUUUCUUUUCAGUUUCUAUAAUUGUUUCCAGAUUUUUUGGGGGGGGUAACUGCAACCCACCCCCCACCCCCCACCCCCACCCGCUUGCUAUGGCCCUGAUUGGACAAACUUAAUUAACAGUGGGUUUUAAUAAUGUGUGAGACAUUGACAAACUUUCACAAUAUGGGAUUUAUUAAUUUCGGACAUUGAUAAGAUGUUCGUAAUAUGGGAUUUAUUCAUUGGGACAUUGACAAGAUGUUCGUAAUAUGGGAUUUAAAUGUGUGGGAUAUUGAUACAGUUUCAUAACAAUGUGUGAUUUAAUAAUGUGCGGCAUUGAGAAACGUUUGUAUUAAUAUAUGAUGCACUAGUAUGUGGAACGUCAACAAAUGUUUAUAAUACAGUAUUUAACUGUGUGUGGACUGUGUGGGAAUGUUAUAAAAAUAUUCAAUUUAAAUGUGAGCAGAAAUACUAAUAUGGAGUUUUUAAAAAGUAUCUUUUAUAAAGGUUAUUUAAUUUUAGUGUCAUAUAAUGUUGUUAAACUUGAUUAUUUAUUUGUUAUUGUUAUAUGGUUUGAUUGUGGGUGUGGUCAAAUUACAAAAUUAGCUGUAAUUGGUCAAAAACAGUGUUCUAUGUUUGUGGUGUAAAUAUUUGGUAUACUGUUCAGAAACAAGCAAUAAAUAUUCUACAAAAAGCU